AUGGCGUCGGGCAGAGCGCAGGUUGCUAGCUACGCGGAGAUGUGGCGGAACUUCAGACGGAGAGCAGCGCAAGCGAGGGCUUCUGGGCGUCGAAGCAAAGGCGGAGGAGCGCGGUGGCUCGGCGAUCGGUUCUGGCAUCGUGGAAGGGUGCUCGUGAGGAGGUCCGCCGGAUUGCCGCCACCUCCGCCGCCGGUCGCCGUCGCCCAAGCCCGCCAACCUUGCCGCCGCCGGCCGGCCGUGGCGGCGGUCGUCUGGCGGCGGCGGGCGGCGGCAGCACCGGCGGGAGGUCCGGUAGGGGAAGCAACAGACCAGCAUCAGUGGUGGCCGGAGCCGGCGGUCGGUGGUGCGGGCGGGGCGGGGACUUGCGGCGCGGCGCGGCCGCGCGGCGGCGCGCAGCGGCCGGCGGCCUUGGCCCAGCUGGCGACAGCGGCGGCAGCGGAGAAGCGGCCGGCGGCCGGCGGCAGCGCCGGCAGCGGCGUAGCGGCAGCGACGGCGGCCGGCGACCGGCGCGCCGCGCGGCGGCGACCAGCGACCGGAGCGGCGGCGGCGACCGUCGGCGGUGGCGGUGGCGGUGGCUCCGGCGGUUGA